ACACGUCCUAGCACGUGCAUACGUUCGCCCGUGUAUUUCGCCAACCAAAAACAUAAACGUUCCCUUUCGUUAGCACUAAAGCAGCACCACCUUUGAACCAGCGCUACUGUACAAACUAUACAUGCUCCUGUAUCUAUAAACGCAUAUUCAGAGUUUCAAACCAUUGACUGAAGCCAGCGGUGUUAAUGGUGGGGUUCUCAGGAGUUUUGCGGGCGGCGCAAAAUUAAGGAAUUAAAAAAGAUACCUUUAUUGCCUUGUUUCUGUUGGGUUUCUCUUUAUUCGUUGCUUUUUCUGGAAGGACUGUUGGAAAUCUUUAGUUCAAAAGUCCCAAGAAAAAGGGUGAGGGAAAGGGCUUCCCUUUUCUGCGUCUUUGUCUGCUGCAGCAAUAGCUGCGAGUUUUUGGAGUUUUAGUUAUUGUGGAUUGUGAUGCGCCAUGAAAUCUUACUGUAUACUUCCCUUAUCAGAUCCUAAAAGCAGAUUGCUAAGCAGCCUUAUCAUAAGCAUCUCUUUGGUUUGUGGUGUUUACUUCGUUAGAAGUGCAUGGCUGAGGAAAGAUUUUUUAAAGUUUUCACCUGUAUUCGGGCUGAAGACAGCAGAUCGAGAUACAAUCUCUCAUGAAUGCAAGGAAAAUUGGCGACCCAUGGGUACUGAAUCUUUGCCAAAAGGAAUUAUUUCAACGUCUUCAAACAUGGAAAUGCAUCCAUUGUGGGGACCUGUUUCUGAGAAUAACAAGUCACAUCAUCCAACAGGUUUGCUGGCCAUUGCAGUUGGGAUAGAUCAAAAAGGAUUGGUGAACCAAAUUGUUAAAAAGUUUCUGGAAAAUGAUUUCGUCGUGAUGCUUUUUCAUUAUGAUGGGGUUGUGGAAAAAUGGAAUGAUUUGGGAUGGAGUGACAGAGUCAUUCAUGUCUCUGUCGUAAACCAAACAAAAUGGUGGUUUGCCAAACGGUUUCUACAUCCGGAUAUUGUUGAUGGCUAUGAGUAUAUUUUUCUGUGGGAUGAGGACCUCAAACUUGACAAUUUUCAUCCAGGAAGAUAUCUAUCUAUAGUCAAGGAAGAAGCCCUCGAAAUAUCCCAGCCUGCUCUUGAUCCUGGUAAAUCUGAGGUGCAUCAUCCGAUUACUGUACGAAGACAGAGGUCAAGGUGUCACAGGAGAUACUAUAAGUUCAAAGGUGGUGGAAGGUGCGAUGAAAACAGUACAGCUCCCCCGUGUGUCGGCUGGGUGGAAUUGAUGGCACCUGUGUUCUCGAGAGCAGCCUGGCGUUGUGUUUGGCAUUUAAUACAGAAUGACUUAAUCCAUGCUUGGGGCCUGGAUAGGCAACUUGGUUACUGUGCGCAGGGUGAUCGGACUGUUAAAGUUGGUGUGGUUGACGAGGAGUAUAUUGUUCAUCUGGGUCUUCCUACACUUGGUGGCUUUUUGGAUAGAAGUAAGGAGGGUGAUAUGUACAAAUUUGAUAACCGAUCUGCAGUGCGGCUGCGAUCCUAUAUUGAAAUGGGUAUCUUUAGGGAUAGGUGGAAUAAAGCGGUGAAUGAAGACGAAUGCUGGGUUGAUCCCUUCAACAAAUAGCCAGCUUGCACAUCAAAAUGUUAGCUAAGGACCUCUUUGGCCAUGUCCAUACAGUCUUGUACACAAUGUACAUGUAGUCCAAAAUCAUUUUGUGAAUAUGAUUAACUAUGUAUUUUUAUUCCGUAAGUUGAAAAGAAUCGGUUUUCCAUCUCA